AAAAAAAUGUAUAUUGUCUAAUAAGUCAGUGAUUUAUCCUGUUAUUUCAGUGCAUAUGCUACGAAUAAGGCCACAAAUUCUUUCAAUUAUGUUUUGCAUAUCCUAUCGUGGUAGACUGUUUGUUUUUUUUUUUUCCCAAUAAUAACAACAGUUGAACUUAUUUUAAUAAAACACUAUUGAGAAGGAUAUAAACAAGCUGGUUAGCAUUUCUUGGCUUCAUAUUUGAUUUGACAUGGAAGAGCUUUCUUCAAGACAGUCUACCAUUAUUUCUGUUUUGCUGCCCUUUGACUUUUUUUUUUUUCCAAAUAUGCCUUUCUGUGCCCAAGCAGUUGAGGGAAUAAAUUCUAAAAGUUCUGUAAUAUUUGCUUUCUGCUACAUUUACUGACAAAUUCAAAAAGGUAGGCAGUAAAGGGACUGAAAAUUCAAAUAAUCAAAUUGCAUCAGUUUAUUCAUUUUAGCAUAGUUUAUUCUAUUUUAAUGAAAUAACUGAAGUUGUAAAUAUAGUUCUUCAUUAGAAAUGUUUAAUAUUCUGUUCUGUUAUUUAAAUAUUUUUUUUCCCCAUUUUCAGCUGAUAGGCUGUUUGUCAAACAAUAUUGUGUCCUGAAUUUUUCCUUGUUGGUUCAUAGGUCUGUAUCUUCUGUCUUGUGGAACAAUGACCCUGGAAUUCGAUCUGCUGGAAUAAGACAAUGACCUCUACUACCAGAUGAAAGAAAAGGGGAAGACCUGCAAGCAGCCUGUACCAGUGGGGAAAAUGGAAGAGUUGCUUUCAAUACAAUUUUCACUCUUUGUAAAUGAAGACACCUCUGUGGUUCCCCAAAUGCAAGCUAUUAAACAAGAUAGCGCAAGAGGAACCUGAAGAUGUGAUGAGACCCUGAGUAAGGUGCAUCCUUUCAGUACUUAAAAGUGAACAUAUUUGAAUGUUUGAUCUCACUUAUGAUGAUUUGACAUUAUAAUCCCUACAUUAACCAUGAUGGCAACACAGACAUUAAGUAUAGACAACUAUCAAGAUGGACAACAAAUGCAAGUAGUAACAGAGUUAAAAACUGAACAAGAUCCAAACUGUUCUGAAACUGAUGCAGAGGGAGUGAGUCCUGCCCCUGUAGAAUCUCAGACGCCAAUGGAUGCAGACAAACAGGCCAUUUACAGGCACCCAUUGUUUCCCUUGUUAGCGCUAUUGUUUGAAAAAUGUGAACAGUCUACGCAGGGCUCAGAAGGCACAACUUCUGCUAGUUUUGAUGUAGAUAUUGAAAAUUUUGUAAGAAAGCAAGAGAAGGAAGGAAAACCGUUUUUCUGUGAAGAUCCAGAAACUGAUAACUUAAUGGUAAAGGCAAUCCAGGUUCUACGUAUUCAUCUGCUAGAGCUAGAAAAGGUUAAUGAACUCUGCAAGGAUUUCUGUAGUCGUUACAUUGCCUGUCUGAAAACUAAAAUGAACAGUGAAACUCUACUAAGUGGAGAACCUGGAAGUCCUUAUUCCCCUGUCCAGUCCCAGCAAAUUCCAAGUGCCAUUGCCGGCACACUCAGUCCCCAAGGGAUUAUGGUGCCUGCAUCAGCAUUGCAGCAGGGAAAUGUAACUAUGGCAACUGUAGCAGGGGGCACAGUGUAUCAGCCAGUCACAGUGGUUACUCCACAAGGUCAAGUAGUGACACAAGCACUGUCACCUGGGACAAUUCGGAUCCAGAAUUCCCAGGAUAAUACUGCAAGAGAACUACCAGCACGACCUCUACAGCUUCAGUUUCAGUUAAACCAAGAUCUAAACAUCUUGCAUCAAGAUGAUGGCUCAUCAAAAAACAAAAGAGGGGUUCUUCCAAAGCAUGCUACAAAUGUGAUGAGAUCAUGGCUUUUUCAGCACAUUGGGCAUCCAUAUCCAACAGAAGAUGAAAAAAAACAGAUUGCAGCACAGACAAAUCUGACACUACUCCAGGUUAACAAUUGGUUUAUCAACGCUAGAAGGCGAAUUCUUCAGCCAAUGCUGGAUUCCAGUUGUUCGGAAACUCCAAAAACAAAGAAAAAAACAGCUCAAAACAGACCAGUUCAGAGGUUCUGGCCUGAUUCCAUUGCCUCAGGAGUUGCUCAGCAGCAGUCUAAUGAACUUACAAUGUCAGAUGGAGCAGUUGUAACAAUUACAGGUCCCGUCAACAUGAAUGUAGACAGUCUUCAGUCCCUGUCAUCUGAUGGUGCUACUUUGGCUGUUCAGCAAGUUAUGAUGGCAGGGCAAAGCGAGGAUGAAUCUGUGGACAGCGGUGAAGAUGAUGGAACAGACCUCUCAACAACAAACAUCAGUGGGCUGGUCUUGGAUAAUAGCGAUUCUCUGCAGUAGGAAGCAAGAGAAUGUGACAGAAUAUUUAGGAAAAAGAAUGGACUGACUGACUGUUUUUCUAGUUUGCACAGCAAACAUUUUACACAAGUUUUAUUUCUAAUAUGUUUUAUAUGUAGAUAUAGAAGGGUGCACUUUUUUGUAUUUCAUAGUAAGCUGAAAGAGUGUUUUUGCAGGUGCAGCGACUUCUUUCAAAUGUGUGUUUUGUUUUGUUUUGUUUUUUUCCCCCCCAUUUCUUUUGGCUUUUUAUUUCAAAAAAUGAAAUCUAGUAAAGUAAUGAACCACAUAAACACCCCUUUCUUCUCUUAAUUGGAAGUGCUGCAAUUUUUAAAGAAUUAUGCGGUUUCGAUUAAUGUUGUUGCUUAAUACAGCUCUUGGUGGGCUAAUGAUGUAAAUUUUAAAGCAUGUGACACUAGUGUGUGGAACUUGGUCAUUGAGUUAGACACAUAUAUUUGAAAGAUGCUUCUGCACCUUAAAAACUGCCAGUCUGAGGUGGGCAACAACACACGCACACACGAACGCAAAGAAAAUGGAGAUGUGUGAUUCAAUAGCGAAUGUAUGGCGAUUUAAAUAAGUUUAGUUUCUCUCAUAGUCAGUAAGCCUGUUUAUCAUUUGCUAUAAAAACUCCUAUUUUUACCUUAUCGGGAUUAUUGGAUAAAAAAAAAUAUUUUUAUAAAUUCAUUAAGAAUUGGGAUGAUGACUGUAUUGAGCAUGAGAGAAAUUUCCAGAGGGGUAAAAUAAAAGUUCAGUAUUCCUAUUUGGAAGGUUCUGAAAACUGACCAAAUUUAAUAAACAUACAUAAUGCUAGUGUUCUAUGGUUCUCUGCUAUCCCACAGUGGUAUAGUAUAUUUGAUAAUAGCAUAAAAAGGGCCCACUGUUUGAUGGGAUUUUGAUAUAGUCAAACUCUGAUUUAUAUUAUGUGUAAACUAAUGCUCAAAUUACAUUUAACUCUGUAUCUAAACUUGUAUCUGAGGAUAUUUGCUAAAUAGAUAUUCAGGUAAGUAAGUACAAAUACCCACAAUAUGUCAAGUAGUCAUUAGAGAAGUUUAACAGUUUACAGUUUUUCACUCUGAUUUUGAAACAUGAAAUGUUGACUUAUGCAGUGACUGAUUGUUUUCCACCUCUGCUAUGUCAUUGCAUUUGAAAAGCAUUUUACCCUGUAUACAAAAGAAAAAAUAUAUAAUUUAUAGGUUAUAUAAGGUCUCUUCAAAUUUGAAGGUAACAACAAGAAUAUAAAACAGGCUUCUUAAGUUAUAAAAACCUUCCCUGUCAUUGUCAAAUUUAUUAGAACCAGUGAUGAAAACAGAUGUAUUUGUGAUAAUGGUUAAUUUCAGUUUAUUCACAGACUUGGAGUUUGUGUAUGAUUAUUCAUACAUACCUACUGACACUUGAUGUUGGAAGUUUGUAUUGCCCAUUUUUAAAUACAAAUAACAAGAGAUCAUGGGAGUCUUGUGGCAUGAUAGAAAUGCUCUUCUAUAAGUGCAUUUAUUGUACCUGGGUUUUGUAGCAAAGCCAGAAAGCUGUUUUCUGAAUUAGAAGGUGGCUAGCUUUAUCUCCAACAGGACUGUAAGGAAAAGUGCUAGCUUUGAAUCAUAGGGUCUGACUGAGCAAAGGACUUAAGUGCAUAACUUUAAUCACCUGCCUAAAGCCAUUCCUGUUUCACCUCACAUUCAGGUAUGUGCUUCAGCUUAACUUUAAGCACACACGUAAAUGCAUUGUUGAAUCAGGGCCUUAAGUGCUGUCUUACUGGUCAGUUUAUAGGCAGUGUGCACAGAGACCUGAAAAGGAGAUGCCAAAAAUUGUUGUGAGUACAUAGACGAAAACACAUUUUUCCAAUUUUUGAAUUGGCAUCAGACUUUACUCAGCAUUGGCAUAAGCAAAUGACUUUCCUGUAGCAGUACUCACUUCCACUUAUGAUGAAUUUGGCUUGUUGCCCCAGCUGCAGUGACAAGGGACUCUGAAAUUUAAAGAAAAUGCUAAAAAUGUAUCAUGAAAAACUAAAUUAUGAAAACUGUGAUAUAACAUAACUGAUCUAAGAUCAAAUUUAAAAGGCAUAAUCAACUUUAAGUCAGACUUCUCUAAAAAGGUUCUGCCUAUGAUUGUUACAAAGGGCACCUGAAUGACUAAAACUGAGACAAUGAAAGAAAAUAGUUCUUCUUUCUUUACUCCAUCUGCUUUGUGCUUCUGUCAGCACUUUGUAUUUUCAUUGUUUCCACUGCAUAGUCAUUUUUUCCAUUUGAUUUGUGUGGGUUUCCCACACAACAAUAGGUAAAUGGGUCAACAUUUUAGGGCUUGAUUCAGCAACCCUUGCUCACAUUUAAUAGCACGUUAACCCUCCAGUGCUGCAAACACUUAUGCAGAUAAGCAAAUGUGAAUAAGACUGGCAGAAUCAAGCCCUCGAAAGAGAGAGAGGGAGAAGGGGAGGGAGAAAGAGAGGAUAUAAUUGUUUAUUACAAAACAUUGGCAAGGGGUUCAUAGAGAAGGGGACUCACUAGUUGAAAGUAACUAGAUUUCAAGUGGAUGAUGUCCUCUUUGAUUUCAUGAGAGGAAGGUUUUAACAAAGACUUACACAGUUACAUUAUUUUUCAUGGAUUUUUUUCUUCAUUCCAAUAUAGUGUUUAUUCUUGUGGAAUAAUGACAGAUAACGUUCAGUGGAAUGUGAACUUGAUUAGAAAGUUAUCAUAGAGAAA